UCUACUUGAAAUGUCAAAGAUGGCGCCGAUUUGUUGUUCUGUCCGUGUACAGCGACUAGUGUUCAAUAUUUGGAAUUUUAAGUGUAUUUUUGUCUCGGCCGAGUAAUUUUUUACCGAAAUCAUAACAAUUUACUUUGCCAUUAAUCAUUUUAUACGUUCGAUUAUAUGAAAUCCGCGACGGUAUCACGGAAAAUUAGUUUCAAACAUUUCAGUGUAAGUGGAAGUGAAGAGUGCAAUCGUCGUCAGUGGGGAAAAAAUUUGGUCAUAUUUUUGUCAUCAUAUAUGAGUCGGGAUUCUUGAAAACCACUCACUCUCCGUCUCAUGGGACUUUUUGUAUGGUUCGUGUGUUGCUUGAUGCGUGUGCGUAGACAAUCCCGAAUAUGAAAUGCAUAAUAUGAAAUGGCAACAAAUGGAUAUAAAAAUGUGAAUGAGAAAAUUCAAAUGUGAAAAAGAUAUUUGAUAUGGUCACAAAAAGUGGCAUAGAGGACAUAUUCCCAUUAGGAUAUGUGUAAAUGAUAAUCCGCGAGUGUAUUUUAGUGUCCAAUCCUGUUUGGCCGCGUAUGUUUUUAUGAUAUUCUGUGACACCUCAACCCCAGGCAUCAUCCAACCAAGGGACGCAUUGCAUUUUGCAAACAGAAAAUCACAAGGAAAUCAUGCGGAUAUCCUGCGGCAAGUCAUCAAAAACGUUCCUUAGUAGUUAGUUUCCUUGAAAAUCAGUCGUUUUUGUUUUUAUUGUGCGUGGUCAAGCGCUUGCGGUCAACAUCUUGUCAGAUUACCCACAAAGCCUAAGUCAAGUCCAAUUUCAAUCGUGCUCCGUUUGCAACUAUGAAGUGUUCUGGCUCGUCACGCUUUCCUGAGUAUUUUCACCGCUUUCGCGAAGGAUAUCGUAUGAAUUGUACUUAAAAAAAGUGCAUAGACUCCGUGGAAUUGCGAGCAAUACAGAAGAGCAGCAGUAGAAGCUGUGAUUGUGAAAGGGGGGCAGCGGCGACGCUAGUAAUCAAAGAAAAGUCCUCGCAGCCCCGUUUAAUGGACUGGACUCCACCGUCCGAUGCACUACGAAUAAACGCCACAGAAUAUAAGCAUCGUAAACUGGAACACAAGCAAUUCCGGCGAGCCCAGAACACUCCAUCACCGAUACUGCGGGUUACAGUCACUUACCUGGCCUAAUCGAAUCUCUCUCCUCGACUAAGGCGUAUUUUUGUAGUUUUAAAUAGCAAUUAACUGACAAGUAUUCGUUUAAAUAUUGCUCACAAUUGGCUGCCUGCCACUGUUCUCGCCGCUACAACAACAAUUCCUCUUCUCCGAUCUUCGACUGCUCAAUAUCAAAAUCAAAGAAAAGAUUUCAACGAAAUGAUGUCCGUCCUUUUACGAUCAACAUCAACCACGUCCUCCGAACGUUGCCAUUACGCUAUUUUCGUUGCCAUAGUUAUCCUCCUAGCCAUCGUACCAUAUUCAAACUCAUCACAGUCGGUGCCAAGCUCUCUAGACAUUGUCGCGCAAUACACACUGCCCGGCUCGUCGGUCCCUUCCUUUACAAAAGGACCCGGUUCUGGAUCAAAUGUCACUACAACGACCAAUCUGUCGUCCAGAGCCUACUUCACCCAUUUGGCCUACGACAGCAAGCGAUCGGUACUGUAUGCGGGGGCGACGAAUCGUAUCAUUCAAUUGGAUGAAAACCUCCUAGUGCUGGCCCAUGCCGUGACCGGGCCGAAACACGACAGUCCGCAAUGCCAUGCGGCCGGUUGCCCGGAAGAGGUGGAGACCUCGCAAACAAACAAUCACAACAAGAUUCUGAUCGUCAACCAAGUAGGGGACACCCUCAUCGCCUGCGGAAGCAUCCACCAAGGUGCCUGUGAAAUGUACAACUUAACAAAGUUCCCAGAUAACCCAAAGUUCAUUGGGAUCGCAUUGGCAGCUAACGACGAGCACCACUCAACCUACGCCUUCAUCGGUCCCUCGAAAUACAACGCAUGGCACACGUCUGACGUCCUCUACGUGGGGACCACAUUCACCACCGUGGGCGACUAUCGUCACGACGUUCCCGCCAUAUCCAGCCGGAAGCUGGACGACCUAAGCUUCGCCGAAUUCUCCAUACAACAGUCAAUUAUCAACAUCGACGUCAAGUACCGCGAUCAAUUCCUCGUCGAUUACGUUUACGGCUUCAACUCAUCCGAGUACGCGUACUUUAUGAUCGUCCAGAAGAAAUCACAUCUCGCCGAGGAAGCAGGCUAUGUUACGCGAUUGGCCAGGAUCUGUAUAAGUGAUUCGAACUACGACAGUUACACAGAGAUCACAAUACAAUGUCUCGCCACUCACUCCAAUGUUGAUUAUAAUAUUCUGCGAGACGCAAAGAUAACACAGGCAGGACAAAAAUUGGGCCAACAACUUGAUAUAAAACGCGAUGACUAUGUCCUUGUUGCAGCUUUCUCGCCGUCCAAAGAGAUUACAAAUCAACCGGAACCCAAGUCGGCAAUAUGCGUGUAUAGCUUGAAGGAGAUUGAUGAAGUCUUUGCCGAGAAUAUUCAUAUGUGUUUUAAUGGGACAAUUAAGGAUCGUAAUUUAGGAUAUAUAUCGGGCACAAUAAAUGAUGGAAAAUGUCCGCUUGUUGGGUCCAUCGGCAACAUUUUCAAUUUCUGUCCUGUUGGAUUAAAAAUAAGCGGGGUAUCGCCUAUAACUUCUCAUGCAUUGUUUCAUUUCGCCAAUGAAUCCAUCACAUCCAUAACGGCAACAACAACCGGUCCCCAUUCGUUAGCAUUUUUGGGGACAGAACAUGGAAGUAUUAAAAAGGUUAUGAUUUCAGGACGAACACCAGGUGAAUAUGAAGAAAUCCAAGUGGAUCCUGGCAAUAGGAUUCUACCUGACUCAAUGAUGCUUACAAAACAUAAUUAUCUUUAUGUACUAUCGCGCUCGAAGAUUACGAAACUUCGCGUUGAACACUGUGGGAUUUAUACAAACUGUUCAAGUUGCUUAGAAUCGCGAGAUCCUUUCUGCGGAUGGUGUUCACUGGAGAAACGCUGCACAAUUCGCAGUGCAUGUCAAAAGGACACUAGUGCAGCUCGAUGGCUGUCUCUCGGUAGCGGACAGCAAUGCAUUGACUUUGAGUCUGUUUCUCCUGAUAAAAUACCAAUCUCGGAAAUUACUACGGUACAGCUUGUGAUCAGGACUCUACCGGAACUACCGAUGAACGCUAAGUAUCGUUGCGUAUUCGGGAAUUCGACACCAAUCGAUGCAGAUGUUCUCGAGAGUGGACUCUCGUGCAUAACGCCACCAAUUGAGCAGCGUCCACAAAUCGAGCCAACUAAGGAUCAUGUCCUAGUUCCUUUGUCAGUCCGAAGUUCUGAGACCAAUAAGGAUUUCGUUUCGCGCUCAUUCGCUUUCUUCAAUUGUUCGCGACAUAAUACGUGUAGGAAGUGCGUCAAGAGUCAGUGGGACUGCAAUUGGUGCGUUUUCGAUAAUAAAUGCGUCCAUAAAUUGGAGCAUUGUCGAAAUUUGGAGAAUGUGAUCAAUAAGGAGAGUUCGUGUCCGCAUAUUACGGAUAGCUUGAAUCCCAUUCUGUUGCCUGUGAAAGUACCCAAGGAAAUCCGGUUGGAGAUUGACAACCUGCCGAAACCCAAGAGUGCGCAUACUGGAUUUUUGUGCACUGUUCAUGUUGAAGGGGCUCAGAUGCUCCUGCCUGCGCGUGUGGAAAACAACAAAUUCGUCGUUUGUGAGAAAACACCGUAUUCGUAUGAGGAAAAUACAAAUGAAUAUGUAGCAAAAGUCGACGUGAGUUGGAACAGGCAACAUUACAUUGACACAGCCUCUGUGAUCCUCUAUAAAUGCGACGUGCUUGGCUCCCAUCGAGAACAUGCGGAUUGUAGCCUGUGUGUAACGCGUCAUCCUAAAUAUCAGUGUUCAUGGUGCGUGAACUCCUGUGUUUACAAUGAGACCUGCUCCAUGGAUAAGCCCAAUGAGUGUCCACGGCCAAGAAUUGAUAUGAUCAAGCCACUGAGUGGACCAAUUGAAGGUGGAACCUUGGUCACUAUCGAGGGCAGUAAUCUAGGGAUACGUGAAGAAGAUGUACGAGGAAGAAUCAGCAUUGGAAAUGUGCCAUGUGAACUGGUCAAUUAUGAGAUUUCAGUGAAAAUAGAAUGCAGAACGGGAGCAGUAAGUCAUGAGUUAACUGCGCCAAUCAAAGUAUCCAAUGACGCGGGCUACACGGAAUCCAGUGUACAGUUUCAAUUCAAGAAUAUCAAAUUAGAAGGACUGCAACCAACUAUGGGUCCUAAAAGUGGUGGCACUCAAGUGUCUUUGAUUGGAAAGUAUCUGAAUAUUGGGUCGAAUAUUCGAGCGUAUUUGGACGAUUAUGAGUGCUAUAUAAACGUGACGCAAGCUUCGAGUAGUCGCCUGACAUGUAUCACCUCAGGUGCUCACGAUCCUAAGCCAAUCCGAACUCUGACCUUAUUUGUGGAUGGCGCAAAUAGGACGUAUAGCGCGUGCAGUAAAUACCAGCGAAAUAGCUACGAACUAAUGUCCAUGGCUUGUAGUAUUUAUAAUUAUACAGUGGAUCCAAGGAUCAUGCAAAUUAAGCCAUUGAAAAGCUUUGCCAGUGGGGGUCGAAUGUUGACUGUCCACGGGACACAUUUAGAUUCCAUCCAAAAGCCUGAAAUUGAGAUAUUCUAUGAAGGGGAGCGCGUGAACAAGAGUUCUUGCUAUGUCAUUAGCUCAAAUCAAAUGGAAUGCCCAUCGCCUGCGGUUAAUGCCCGAUUCAAUGCCUAUAAGAACAGCAUGGAUCGACCGGCUCUGUAUGAGAAUCUAAAGAGACGACGACGUAGCAUUAUCUCCCAAGACGGAAGCAGUUCUGGCUUACUAACAACAGUAGGAUAUCUAUCGAUCCCAACCGGUGGUAAUGAUAUCGCCAGCUUAAAGUCACGUGAAACACAGUUAAGUCUGCAGGUCGGCUUCAUCAUGGAUAAUGUGCAGACUGUCCGGGAUUUGAGCAAAUAUUUCCAGAACAUCAGAAGCACUAUUGUCUACGUGGACGAUCCGGUUUAUUCGCCGUUUCCUGGGGGGAUGAAGCUUUACAAGGGCGAUACGCUGGUCAUUGAGGGUGAAAAUUUGAACAUUGCUUCGGACGAAACAGAUGUGGUUGUAACAAUUGGGACGCAACAGUGUAAUGUGACCAGUUUAGCGCUAACCCAGCUAGUUUGCACCCCGCCAGAGACUCAACCAGCUCCUACAGAUGAAAAUAACGUACAAACCAGCACGGAUUUACCGCUGGUUGUGGUCCGUGUAGGACGACAUUUAACCUUCCCCAUUGGAUACUUAAAAUAUGAAUUACUUAAACCCUACACAUUUUCACAUGCAGUUCUCGGGAUAGCUGUAGGCAUUGUAAUUAUUGUAGUUCUACUAGUGGUCAUUCUGGUAAUUUAUCGUCGGAAGAGUACCCAAGCUGAACGCGAGUAUAAACGUAUUCAAAUACAAAUGGAUACCCUGGAAAGCAACGUCAGGUUGGAGUGUAAGCAAGCUUUCGCUGAGCUGCAAACAGAUAUGACUGACCUGACGGCGGAUUUAGAGAGUUCUGGGAUACCAACCCUUGAUCAUGUCAAUUAUAUCAUGAAAGUUUUCUUCCCGGGAGUUUCCGAUCAUCCAGUGUUGAAUUCGCCAAAGUUGAAACAAAAUACAGCCAGGACGAACUACGACACGGCCAUGAUGCAAUUCGAGCAGUUGAUAAGCAAUAAAUACUUCGUAUUAGCCUUUAUUGAAACUCUGGAAGCGCAAAAGUCAUUCAAUAUCCGCGACAAGGUCAAUGUGGCUUCAUUGCUGACUAUUGUGCUAAUGAAUAAAAUGGAAUACGCGACAGAAAUUCUGAAAUGCCUUUUACUCCGUCUAAUUGAUAAGUCUGUGAUGACAAAAUAUCCGCAAUUGAUGUUGCGUCGAACUGAAAGUGUCGUUGAAAAGAUGCUAACAAAUUACAUGGCCAUUUGCAUGUAUGAUUACUUAAAAGAAUAUGCCGGAUCCAGUUUAUUUUUGCUUUUCAAAGCGAUUAAACAUCAAAUUGAAAAGGGUCUGGUUGAUGCAGUUACACACGAUGCUCGCUAUUCACUAUCGGAGGAGCGUUUGCUUCGUGAACAAAUUGAACAUUCCGUCGUUACCUUACAUAUCGUUCAAGAUGAUCUCGACGAGAAGAUUCAGUGUAAGGUGUUGGACUGUGAUACAAUAUCUCAGGUUAAAUCAAAGAUAUUGGAUGCACUAUUUAAGAAUACUCCAUUCUCAAUGCGCCCUUCAGUUCACGAAGUUGAUUUAGAGUGGCGUCAUGGACGCGGAGGACAUUUAACAUUGCAAGAUGAGGAUCUGACCACGAAAACAGUGAAUGGCUGGCGAAGACUGAACACCUUGGCACAUUACGGGGUUAAAGAGUCAGCUGUUAUGUCCCUGAUUGCGAGGCAGAAUGAUAGUUACAACUAUAGUAAACAGCAGCCGUUUGCCAAUUUCUAUUAUAUUAACAAUUCACAAUCACACAUCAUCAUGAAUGGAGACCUGGAGUCGGGACUGCAACAGCCUCGUGUAUAUCAUUUAGUGAAACCGCCUAUCCUCAUGACCGAUCAUCAUUUGAAUCUAAAAAACUCAACUGUGUCCUCCUCACAUGUUGCUUCCGCAGCUCAGGCUGCGACUGAACGGACACACAAAGCUAUCCCAGAGAUAUUCCUUACCCGUCUCUUAGCCACAAAGGGGACUAUCCAGAAAUUCGUCGAUGAUUUCUUCGCUACAAUUCUAACAGUUAACGAAGAACUACCGCCGGCAGUUAAAUGGCUCUUUGAUCUAUUAGACGAGGCUGCACGUAGACAUAAUAUAACCGAUCCAGAAAUCGUGCAUGCAUGGAAAUCAAAUAGUUUACCAUUGCGAUUUUGGGUAAAUUUCAUAAAAAAUCCAGAUUUCAUUUUUGAUAUCAAUAAAACAACAACCGUGGAUGCGUGCCUGAGUGUAAUUGCACAAACAUUUAUGGAUGCCUGUUCGACAACAGAACAUCGUUUAGGGAAGGAUUCACCAUCGAAUAAGCUGUUAUUUGCAAAGGACAUUCCACAAUAUAGAGAAAUGGUUAAGCAAUUCUAUCGUGAAGUUGCACAACUGCCGCAAAUAAGUGAUCAAGAGAUGGGAACAGCUAUGCAACAGCUUUCCGUACAGCAGACUGAUGAGUUUGAUACAAUUGCAGCGCUGAAAGAACUCUACAUAUAUGUUACAAAAUACAGGGAUCAGAUAAUGCAUACACUUGAAUUAGAUACAAAUUGCAAAAAAAUGCAUUUAGGUCAUAAGUUAGAGAAUGUGGCCUGUACAUUAGAAGGUGAUGAAACAUCAGCUUGCUGACAUAAAGAUUUAAGUGAUCCCUUUAAAGACGACGGCGGCAGCCAUAAUUGCGUUGAUAUCAUUGCAGUAAAGCAGUUGAUUGUGACUGAACUUAAAUGCCUACUAUUAUUAUCGUACUAAGAGAACUGAAAGAGAACUGAUCUUAAUGGUCCCCGAUGAUUGCUGUCAUUAAUUGUAGUAGUGAUAUUGUGUAAUUGUAGCAGUAACAAUGUUGCAAGAAAAAAGAAAAAAAGAAAAACAAAACCUACAAAGCGAUGACGACAUUUAAUAAUAAUGAUAAGAAGAAAAAUUCUGUUCAAAAAAAGUUCCAUUUUGGUCACAUUCCUUGAUCUUACAUGUUUGUGUUUUGCUUGUACAUAACAUGGUACAUUCUUCAUCCUCUUUUUCUCUCCCUUUUUUUUUUUAUACUUCACAAAAGUCCACAUUUAGUUGUAGUAACUCCUCGGUGCAGAGAAUAUCCAUGACAUUUUUAAUCAAUGUUCCGGGAAUGUCCGAUAUCAUUGCAGUAGCAGUUUUCACUCCCUAUUUUUCCGCCCCUCAUGUUAUUUAGUUGUUUUUUUGUUUUUCAGCCCAUUAGUAAUUUAAAUACAAAAGAAAAUCGGUUAUUCAUAGAAGGAUUGAAAACGGUUUACAGAUUCUAGAAUGGGGUGUGUAACGCUCCUCUGACAAGUUCUCAAUUUUUCAUACUUCCAAUUGUGAUAUUUUAUACUAUUUUCCAAUUUUUUUAUAUGAAUAAGGUUAACUUUAUGGUAAUUUUUAAGUUAGUCGCUACUCUGUUUUGUAUGGAAAACAAUCCUGCCAAUUUCCCCUUUCGAAAGUUAAGACACUUUUCUUUUUCCUCCACUAAUUCCCCCAAUUAACCCAUUUUGCCUUUUCUUUCACGAUAAUUUUUGAACAGAAUUUCUAACGAAUCUCUUAAUGUUCGAUUUCGGUGCGUUAAAUGAAGAAAAAUCCUCUUAAUUUCAUUUUUUUUAGCAGUAAGUUAAGAAAUGAUGAAAAACAAAAAAAUGAUAUUAGUUUUUAGGUGAAAACAGAACAGUAUAACAUAAAAAGGUAAUUUUAAAGUAUGUAAGGAAUGUAUAAGAAUUAUAUAUAUAGAAGGAAAAAAAAAAUGGAACGCAUUUAUUAACAAGCACAUAUGACUACUUAGUAAAAGGAAAAGAAAACAUCAAUCCGAGACAGAAGGAGCGAAAGUAUUUUUUUUGUAAGUUAUCUACGAGUAUACACUAUUAUUUACAUGCCUUCCUUAAGCCUUACAACGAUUCUGUUCUUAUUCCUUCGAAUAAAUGACAUCAAAUCGCGGAAAACUCUGCUCUCUGCUUCUCCACCUUACUCCUAACUAUAUUAUUUUAUAAUUUAUUUGGUAGCAGAGAUAUACGUAGAUAUAUUUUACAUAAUUUCUUCAGAUUGUAAAUACUGGCCUUUAUUUAUAUAAAUAUUUAGACGUUUAAAUACGAAGAAGUAUUCUUUGGGCAGCGUGUAUUCAACACUCUCAUUUCUAUGUUAAUAACAAGCGUAUAAUGCAGGAUAUUCGUAAUGGCAGACAAACCGGACUGAGAAAUAUUUUACGAAUAGAGACAUAAGAAAAUUACAGAAAAAGUUGAUCACAGA